UUUCUGAAAAUGGAGAUGUGAAGUGAUUCAAGUGUGAGUUAUAAUGAAGAUAACUUGACUGAUCUUUCUGAGUGUUCGCUCCCAGUGAAGGAUUGUGGUAGCUAGUGUGGAGGAGGAGGAGGAGUUGUGACGCCAUCAAUUGUCCUUUACUCCAGCGUCACAAUGUCCCUUCUACCCCGGAACGUGUUAAAAGAUAUUCGGAGGAAGCUUAGCAGGAGGGAUGUGCGGCGGGAGAUGGAACCACUAGCUGCUUGUGAGGAAGGCGCUGACUCCCCCCGUGACUAUGGAGGAACUCACUACCAGUUCCCUGAGGACACCCCACAGCUGCAGUCUGAUGACGAGGACCAACUUGACAACCAUGGAGAAACCAGGAAGUCUUCAUCUCAGUCGAACUCAAAUGCCGAGAUCGGUGAGGCAGCCAGACGUAGCACGACUCCUCAACCAACAGAUCUGCCAUUAUCUCCCACUGAUGACACCGACUUCAGUGUUAAAGCAAGCCUCCACUCUAACACUAAGGAGAAAAGAAAACAGAAUCGUCCCUCCCUGAAGAUCACCGCCAUAGCCCAGAGCCCUGUUUUAGGUUCCCCGGACUCUGAUCGGGACAUACUAGGGUACCUGGACUACACACCAGACCCUUUGCCAGAUAAUAAUGAUAGUAACGGUUCACUGCCUUACAUCAGGUUGUACCAGAUAGUAAAGUUCUCCGAGUUGAUGCCCGAUGUGUUUGUCCCCCAACACUCUGUGCAGCUAAAGAUCACCAAGGUGGAGGCUGUUCAUACUCAUAUACAUAUCUUCAAUAGACAUAUGCUGGUGGUCAGUCUAGAGCACGGUGACUACAAAUGGACCGUCAGGAAGAAGGUGAGACAGGUGACCUCCCUGCACAGUGUAUUGAUGCUCCUUAGAACGAGGCUGAAAAUGCCCGCAGCAACAAGAGGAACAAGGCUACGAAGGCAGAGCAUGAGGCAACAGAUCAAGCAGGCGGAUAGAAAUGUGGACUCAACUGAUGGUGUCAAUCCAUUGCCUAACAAAAGACUUCUCAAGUUUCCUCGACGAGCCUUGCAGACAAUGGAUGAAUCUGUCCGAGCAGACCUGGAAAUCUACCUCAAGAAUCUCCUCCAUCACUCGCUCUUCCGUAGUCAUCAGGCUGUCCUCGAGUUCUUUGAGGUGUCCUCUGUGUCAUUUGUCAGUGGACUGGGAACCAAGAUUAAGGAAGGCUAUGUGAAGAAGAGGACUGGGAGCAACAGUGAUAAUGGCUGCUGUACCUGGUGUUUUGCUCCCUGCACAAGGAAGUACAAACAACGGUGGCUGGUGCUGAAGGAGACCUGCCUCUUCUUCUUGUCCCCAGAGACGGGUCAAGUGCGUACCGUCAUGCUCAUGGACUCCGGGUUCCAAGUGGCCUAUAACAACAGGCUCACUGGGGCUCGUAACCUCCGUAUAUCUAAUCACUCCAGAUCUCUGGUGAUAAAGUGUGACUCUGAGUCCAGCAAGAAGGAAUGGUGCUCGGUUAUCACCAGCACACAAAAUAAAUAUGCCAAAGACUUUACCAACCAAGGGAAUCGCUAUGGAUCCUUUGCUCCAGUCCGUGAUCGAUCAUAUGCCCGCUGGUACGUGGACGGUGCACGAUACAUGUGGGAUGUGGCCGACAUGCUGGAGGCCGCAAAAGAAGAGAUAUUCAUCACCGAUUGGUGGAUGAGCCCACAAAUUUACCUGAAGCGGCCGGACAUCACUGGAUGCAAGUGGAGGUUGGAAGAAGUCCUGAAAAGAAAAGCUGAAAGUGGGGUGCGAGUGUUCAUCCUGCUGUACAAGGAGGUCGAGCUGGCUCUUGGCAUUAGUUCACUCCACUCCAAGCAGACUGUUAACCAACUUCACCCAAACAUCAAGGUACUGCGUCACCCUGACCACAUGGCCGGAGGAGUGUUGUACUGGGCUCACCAUGAGAAGUUGGUUAUCAUCGACCAGAUGUAUGCUUUCGUCAGUGGCAUUGACCUGGCUUUUGGACGAUGGGAUGAUUACAGACACAAGCUUGAAGACACUGGCCAUGGUGGGGUACAUGUGUCUCAAAGUCCUCAAGGGUUCCUGGGGGGGGCGCUGCAGCAUCUGGUACGGGGAACAAAUGAGGUGCUGGUGAACACAAUGACACAGUCUACACCCAGCAGCAGAAGAACUUCCCUUGAUGCCUCCACGUGCGCCGACACAACGUUCAGUACUGACAUUAGUUCGCUUCACUUAAACCCAAACGAGUUAGAGUCGCCUCCCAGACGAGAUGAAACCCGCAAGAGAGACAUUGUUGAAAAUCCUCCAUUGGUGUGUGACCCCGGUGAUGACACUGUAGAUCACAGGGAGAUAGGAGAAACAAAACUCAACAUCGAUGAAACUAAAGCCAAAUAUCCAGAUAGUAACAUAAAGAAUGGAGACAGUGUCCAAGUUUCCUCGGUUGUUGAAACAAUAGCAUUACAACCUUGCUCCAAGAGGUCACAUGCCAGGACCAGAUUCUUUAAGCGUGACCCAAAAUUGGUAAAAGAAAGUUCCAACGCCGGCGAAGUGAGCAGCGAUGACGAGUACCGUGAAGGGAAGGUGGGGAAGAGCAUCAGGGACGUGAAGAGGCUGGGCAUGGAUCUGGUGGAGGAGGUAAAGGAGAAGGGUCGAGAGGUGCGGGCUUGGACUGCCCAUAAGCUCCCACAGUUACACCGGAGAAACAGUUCGGACUCUGACAUUUCAGACAGCUCUUCUGAUGAGAGAGAGAACGUGGAGAUCUCGCGCAAUAGGUUCUACAGGCGCCGCAAACACAAGCUGAACUUCAGAAACAGGCUGGAGAGCUGCUCCUCACUGGCCCAGGCUCACAAUGUGGUCACCAUGGAGGACAGCACCUCUACUCACCUCUGGGUUGGGAAGGACUACGUCAACUGGAUCAGUAAAGAUCUAGAUAACUUGGACGAGCCUUUCAAGGAUAGUGUAGACCGCCACCAAACUCCACGAAUGCCAUGGCACGACAUUGGUCUGUUUGUUGAGGGACCAGCUGCUCGUGAUGCUGCAAGACAUUUCAUUGAGCGCUGGAAUGCCAUAAAAACUGAGAAGGCUAAACCGAAUCCCAAUUACCCGUACCUAUUGCCGAGGUCAUAUGACAAGAAGAACUUUGUGCCUUCUAACCUUCACCCUAAACACAAAGUGAAAUGUCAGGUUGUACGUAGUGUAGGUAAAUGGAGCGCAGGACUCGAUGAAGAUGAAUCCAGCAUCUUUUCUGCUUAUGUUCAUCUCAUCAGUAAUGCCAAACAUUACAUAUACAUUGAAAACCAGUUUUUCAUUACUUGUAGCAACGAUAAUGCACAUAUGGAGGUUAUGAACUGCAUUGGUCAUGAAAUUGUGAAUCGCAUCGUUCAGGCUCACGAAAAAGGUGAAGUGUUCCGGGUGUACAUCAUGCUGCCUCUCCUGCCGGCCUUUGAGGGGAUGAUUGGCAAGUCCAGCGGCAUUGCAAUGCAAUACAUUGUGUACUGGAAUUAUGUCAGCAUUUGCCGCGGGAAAUCAAGUGUGAUUCAUUGCCUGGAAGAACGUGGCGUCACAGAGUGGCAGCGAUACGUGUCUUUCUGUUCCUUGCGUACACACGAGAACCUUGGAGACCGUCCAGUGUCUGAACUUGUAUAUAUCCACUCCAAGCUUAUGAUCGUGGACGACCGAUAUGUCAUCGCUGGUUCGGCGAACAUCAACGACCGCAGUCUUAAUGGAAACAGGGAUUCAGAAGUGUGUCUCGUCAUUAAGGAUCAGGAGUUUGAGGACGGAGUCAUGAACGGAAACCACUAUGAUGCUGGCAUGUUUGCUGGCAGUAUGAGGAAAUAUUUGUUCAGUGAACAUCUUGGUGUUGUAGACAGUGAAACGCCUUCCAUUGAUGUCUCUGACCCCAUCUCAGACACAUUCUUCAUAGACAUCUGGCAGUCAAUUGCCAGCAAAAACGCAUUAAUUUAUGAGGAGGUGUUUUCCUGCUAUCCAUGCAAUAGUGCAAAGACAUUUGAGGAUGUGGAUAAGUUAAGAAGUGCUACAACUCUUGCUGAGGUCAACCCAACAGAAGCACAAGCAAGGCUAAAGGAAAUUCAGGGGCACUUGGUUCAAUUCCCACUCGACUUUCUGAAAGACGAGGUCCUUAAGCCCGGUGGGUGGAACAAGGAAUCUUUGCUCCCUACGGAAACUUGGACAUAGAACCCAUGAGGGUGUUGAAACAGCCGUCCUUAUUUUAUACCAAGCAGGAACUAGAGUGACAGACAAGUAUUUUUAAAUAGUACCAGUAAAAGGUUUUUAUAUGAAACAAGUAUUUUUAAAUGAAAUGAAAGUAUUUUUUAAAUGUAGUGAAAUUGGAUGUGUAAAGUAUUUUUAUGGUGCUAGUCAAUUCCAAUUUCAAAGGUAUUGAAAUCUUUGGCUUCCUCUUUUCUACUAAAUACUUUUUUUUAAUCAACAUGACAAAUAAAAUUCCUCCAGUGAGUUUUUGUGAUUUAGGUGACUUGAUACAGUUGAAAGUGGUUUUGUCAAGUAGGACUUUUAGUAGAUAAAGUAAAUUGACCAAUGAAUCAUAAAGGAGAGAAAGUAACAGAGGUAUUCCCAGUGUAUUUAAGAAACUGUAGUGUCCAGGUUUAUUAAGAACCUGAAACGUCCAGCCAUUUCCCAGAUAACAUCCAGUACAGUACAUAAAAGAGAGUGACUCUAUAGUGAAUAUGAAGUCUUUUAAUAUGUUGUUGGCAGAGGAAUAAUUUAACAAUUGUAAUAUGUGAAUGUCUAGGAAUUACCUGUCACUAUUGGAACUCGAGUACGACGUGUGUGACUGUGUCCGCUGCUGUUUGUUCUCGGGAUGUACAGUAACGUAGCAUAUCACCGAUGGAGGUACAGUUGGUGGCGGCUCUAGCUCGACAUCUUUCACUUUCUGGUUGUGUGGCCGUUGAUACUCGGGAAAACCGGGUUUGAUCUGAAGUUACGAGUAUAAUCCGAUAUCCCCGAACCCCCAAAGAUCCAUCCACAUUUAGGCAGCACUAGUGGCCAAGAUGCAAGUAGGUCAUCCUACUCACAUUAAGUACUAGAGGAACUGUAGGUCAAGUCAUCUGCUGGUACUGCUGCUUGCCUUUCUUUUGGUAGAUGAAUUAUUACAUGUUUUUUUAUAUAUAAUUGUUUGUAGAUAUUGUGCAAGAAAGCCAAACUUAAAGUAAUUCUUGUUCCUGCAUAUUUUUAGGAGAUAUAGUUUAUUAAUGGGCAAAAAGAAGAUAAUUGUUUAUUGUAUAGUAUUGUUAUAUAUAUAGAUACAGUGUGCAAUAUUUAUCAUGUCCAGAACCAUGACUUAAUCUUAAGGGCAUUAUUUGUGAUAGACAUAAACAUCAAACAAGGUAGCUUUGUACUUAUCCAUCUCUGGCGUGGUAACGUAAGGAAACAUCCGUUGGUGACAUAUUGGCGAAUUUACUCAAAAUUUCUCUCUUUUUUUUAUCUCACAACUACUAUACAUUGAUAUUUUUUUUUAUUUAUAUAGUAAGAUGCCACUAGAAACUAUACAUUGUUAUUGAAUUAAUUGACUGUGACGUGUUACGGUAUUUUGAACUAAUCAACUUCAUCACGAUGAUUCAUUUAUAUAGAAGUCUUGAAUGGAUGUUUACAGGAGAUAAUUUGACACUUGUUUAUAAAUUGAUUCAUUUAGUCCAGUUGAUGUACAGUAGUUAAUACGAUUCUUUGUGACUUGAUUUAGUAGUUAUCGUCACUCAUCAGUCUUCAGUUAUCGGUAAUUUGUCAUUUUUCCUAGUUAUGCUUUUUCGUUAGUGAUAUUCUCUUAAUUUGUUAUCUUGUUAUUUAUCCUUGAGUUCUUCCUACACCAUCAUUCUCUUUCUCUUCUCUCUCAUUAUCUUAUUCUUUUGUUGGCCCUCUCAGUGACCCCUUAGAACUCCUUCCUCUCUCUAUUACCACAGUAUAGGGACCUCAGCUACUCAUCAGAGAGGGGGGAUCAUUGUGUCUCAUACAUUUCCUCUUAUUUAUUACCUUAUGCCAGAUAAUUAUUAAUGUGUUUAUGUAUGUUAUUGUUACACAUGCUAGUUACUUUACCUUGCUAUUGAUAUCCUGGGUUAGUAUUUUAGUUUGUAAUGCAUUUAUGUUUUUGUUCCAUAGAGAAAAAAUGAUUGGUGUCUUGGUUGUUAGGAGUGGAUGCCCCCCAAAAGUCAAGGCACUUCCUGGUGAUUAUUGUCUUGCACUUCAUGACCAUUUCUGUAGCUUGGGAAAUGGAUCUUCAUAUCUUAUGUUGAUAUUAUUUUAAGUUGUUGAAGGAUAUAUGAUGUUGAUUGGUGACAGUGACGAAAACAUUAUAGAUUUUUAUUUUACUUGUGAAGAAUAAGUUACUCCUAGUGUAGAUAAUAUACUUGGAUUCAGUUGUGAUUAAUUCUUUUAUGAUCUGUUCAAUUUCACUUUUGACAUAUGUACUGGAUGGAAGUACUUAGUAAAGGGGUGACAUUAGUGGUUCAAAGUAUGUAUGUGUUUGUAAAUGUGUGUGUGCAAUGAGGAUAUUUAUAGUGUGUCUGUAAGCCCAAAGAUCAGUCAUGCCAACCAUGAGUCCAACCUUUAAACAUGUACAAAAAUUCAAUAACUCUAAGUUGGUAUAUUGCUUAUUAUUUAACUCAUUGGUGCAUGACAUGUAUCUCCUUUGAACACACACACACACACACACACACACACA